AUGGCCGCCCCGAGACGCAGAAAGAUUGGUCACAGAAGACGUAUUGAGGAUGAGGAAGACGGAGAAGGUGGACCUGACCAGCUCGAACUCGAUGAUGACUCUCUGACCGAGGGCUCCAUCAUCAGCGACGACCACGAUCACGGCAACGAUAGCGAUACGAGCAACAUCGAUGAGGCCUCUCCCGUUACCCCCAAUCCUAGAAAGUCGGCUGGGAAUGGAAAUGCAAAGCCUGGUAGCCGGAAACACUCGGCCCUGGCCUCCUCGACGACCGACAAGGCCACACCCGAUGCCGAGGAGCUAUCUGUCAACGACCGGUCCCAGCCCGUUCAACAAGAGGCACAGCUUGACGGAGCCGCAUCUCCCCCAAAGUCCUCUGCCCCUCUCGUCGUGAGCUCUCACUCAUCCCGCCCUGUCGAGCCUGUCAACGAACGUCGUCGCCGGGAACACGAAGAAUACAAGCGGAGACGGGAUGAAGACCCCGCCUUCGUUCCCAACAGAGGGGCCUUCUUCAUGCACGAUCAUCGCCAUGCCGGACCCUCUGCCAACGGCUUCCGACCCUUUGGCAGAGGACGGGGACGUGGUGGCCGUGGUGGAGGCAUUGGGGGCCCCUAUGCACCCAUCAAGUACGCUGCUCAGCAUGAUUCUGCUCGUUUCCCGGCUAAUCCGCGCAGUCAACUGCACACGCCGACCGAUCCUCUCACGAGCGGCCAAUGGGCGCAUGAUAUGCACGAGGCCGUGACCGAACCGCCUCCCUCGAGACAGCCAAGGCACCUGCCCGUCGAGACUGAAGGUCCGGCCAACGGCAACGGCUUCAUCCCAACGUGCCCGUCCAACCCCACCCCGAUCAACCGGACUUUGUCGACCGAGCGACACAUCGGCAACGUGCAGGUCAGGGUGUCUCUUCCCGUUGUUGGCAAAGCUCCCGCAGCCUUUGGCAUGCCAGUCAAACAAUACACCAAGCUUCCGGAUCAUCGGCCACCCCUUCGCCGCGACAAGCCUGUCCGCAUCUCCUUGCCCGACAACCCGCCCAAGUACAUCUUCCCAGCUGUCGACCGAUCCUUCAUUUUUAUUCCCCGGGCGAUGCGACCCAACCAACAGCGGACCCGAGGCAAACCUCGCUCUGGACUUGGUUCCAUGGGAGGCUUCUCCCGGCGGACCAGCGUCUUCGGUGGAAGCUACUACGGCAGCGCCUACUCUCCCAGUAUCGCUCUUAGCCGCCGCUCCUCUCUCGCGCCUGACGGGCGUGACUACUUGUUCUCCCCCACGGGGUCUGUCAUGUCGCGGGCCCCUGUUCCAGUCGAGAACCCCCGGCCAGUCGUCCGCCUCCCACCUGCGGCUCACCCAAACCAGCCAUUUGUUGGACAGGACGGGUACCCCAUGCAUCCUAUGCAGCCAAACGAAACAUCUAUCAAUGACUUGCCGCAGCCGCAGACGCAUCCGUUGCCACAGAAGCCUGCUUUUCAAGAGAGCCGCCCGAACCCGAUCCCCAUGCACCAGCCCCGUCCCCAAAAGGCUGUCUCGGUUACCAACAUUGAAUCGCCGACCCUCAACCAAGGCCCGCAAGCCUUCCAACAAGCUUUCCAUCAGCAGGUUCCUCUCCAGGUUUCCAACGGCAUGCCGCAAGAAGCCCACUCGCGACAACCGUCGUACCCCACGCAACACUCCACCGGCACGCCUCUGUCCCAGAUUCCCGAGAGGGCGAUUCACGCGGCUCCGUUCCAGCCGAACACGUUCCAGCAGCAGCAAAACUUCUACAACCAGCCUUACCCUAUGAUGCAGCCUCAGCAGCCGUAUUACUACCCCGGACAGUACAAUGGCAACAAUAUGGGACCAUCUGCCGCAGCUCCAUCGUUCGUUCCUUCGGGGCAGCCAGGCCAAGGCCAGGGAUUCCCUCCUCAAGCUCAGCCGGACCCCGCGGCUGCACAAGCAAAUGGCCAAGCACCAACGGGUCCCAAUUUGGUAGCUCAAGAGGUCAACGGCAUGGUGUACUAUUACGAUGCCACUCAGAUGCCCUCCAUGAACAAUUAUCAGCAGAGCUACCAGCCUCCCCCGCAGUUUGGUCCCGGUGUUAGUGGUAUGGGCGGCAUGGUGACGCCGAGCCCAGAUGCCUUCUACUACCAGCAGCCAGCCCCCGGGAUGGUGUACUAUUCGCAAUAG